AUGAAUUUCCUCUCUUUAAACAUCCGUGGCACCAAAGUAAGUGGAAAGGCUAGCUGGGUCCAAAAACUCAAUUUGGAUCAUCGCAUCAACUUCCUGUGUAUCCAAGAAACCCACUGUCUGGACGAGACUUGCCUCAACCCUAGAAGCUUGUGGGGCAACCAAAGAUUUCAAUUCGAGUUCUCCCCCUCCACUGGCAGGGAGGGUCGAUCUGGGGGCAUCACAAGCAUCUGGGAUCCAUUCUUUUUUUCUCUAUCAAACCUAAUAAAAACAACACAUUACCUCAUCACCUCUGGCCUCAUUAAUGGUGUCGACUCCCCCUGCAAUAUCUUGAACCUUUAUGCUCCCCAAGACCAGCAUGCAAAACAACUUGUAUGGGAUGAAAUCACCUCUCACCUGUCAAACACUCAGGGACUCUGGAUCCUUCUUGGGGACUUCAAUGAAGUUCGGGAACCCUGCGAAAGGAAAAAUUCUGUUUUCAAUGCCACAUCUUCCCAGGUUUUUAACGAUUUUAUCCACCAAUGUGAACUCAUUGAGUAUACAAAGAAUGGACACCGUUUUACAUAUGUGGCAGACAAUGGAAUAAAAAAGAGUAGGAUCAACAGGAUCUUGGUGUCCCCAUCUUUCAUGAAUACGUGGCCCACCGCUGCUCUCACAACCCUUCCCCGCUCCCUCUCCGAUCACCGCCCUCUCAUCCUAUCCACAUCAACCCUUGAUUUUGGCCCUCCACCCUUCCGCUUCUUUAAUUCUUGGCUAUCUAAACCUGGAAUAAACGAAAUUAUUAUCAACACUCUCAACACUGGUCACUACUUCGGUCGGCUUGACCAGAUUUUAUCCGCCAAACUAAAAAACCUGAAAGCAAUCCUGAAAACUUGGAUUCGUUCCCAAUCAUCUCUUGAAAACGAAGAACAAACUGCCCUCACAAACCAGAUGAUUACCCUUGAUAGUAUUAUUGACUUUUGGGAGUAUACUGAUGACGAACUUACACUUUGGACCGAAACAAAAGAGCAGCUCCAAGCCCUUGAGCACUCCAAAACCCUUGACCUCCACCAAAAGUCAAAGGCAAAAUGGGUUAAGAGUGGGGACGAAAAUACAGCCUAUUUCCACAGCUUCAUCAACAGCCGCCUCACAAAAAAUCGUAUUCAAGGACUUAACAUUAAUGGACACUGGUUCGUUGACCCUCCCUCAAUACGCCAAGACGCCCUCGAAUUUUUCACAGAAAAGUUCACUGAACCAAUGCAAGUGAGGCCACAGAUUGUAUGCCAAGGGCUCAAAACCCUCUCUCCUGUUGAUGCCAACCUCCUGACCGCACAAUUUACUCUUGCUGAGAUUACAAAGGCAGUUUGGGACUGUGGUAGCGACAAAGCACCAGGUCCCGAUGGUUUCAAUUUCGGCUUCAUCAAACAGUACUAG